AGGUAAAUUGUCGACAGUAGCGAUUUCAUGAGGUAAGAGUUAAAAGAAAACAGCGCGAUACAGGGAUUCCAACAGAUUGUUUAUUGUUCCUAAGAGUGAGAAAAGACUGUAAAAAUGGCGCAUGAAACGUUUAAGAAAAAGCUGAUUGAAUUACAGGAAGGUAUAGAAAAAUCAGCAAGAAGGAUACAAUCAUUGCAAAAGUCCUUGCAACAGAUGGCGAUGGAAAUUGAACAGACAGAACAAGUUCUACAGGAUUUUUGCUCUUGCACUGACAGAUCUACUCCUCCAAAAUAUCCCAAGUAUGCCAGCAAAACUGCCAGGGUGUCAAGCUACAAUGAUUGUGGAUACAUUGUGAUACCACCAGAUAGUUUGGCUACCUCAGGAUUUUUCUAUGCAGGCUUUGGUGACUGUGUUAGGUGCUUCCAGUGUGGCGUUGGUCUUCGUCAUUGGUCAGAAGAAGAUGAUCCUUGGAUCGAGCAUAGUAGAUGGUCAAAGGAUUGUUUAUUUGUUAAACAAGUGAGAGGUCAAGAGUUCGUGAAUCUUGUACAAAUGGCUGUGCAAUAUUAUCAGAAUACAAAUGGAAACAGCCAGGCUUCAGUCACCAUUACAGCUGGUGAGAUCAGUUUAAAAUUAUAAUAUAUGAAACAUAUUAAAAUUGGUACCAUAAAAGCCUUGUUGUAUACUUUGUGGUAGUCUAUGCGGAUUUCCACGAGCAUUUUUUGUUUCUGUUCAAAAACGUUAUUUGUAACAAUUCUUACUUUUUUGGAAGUACUAGUAGUCAGUGGGCAAAAAAUAUAUUAUUCAAAGACUUUGAAAUUAAUGACCACAUAUUGAAAUGCAA